AUGACAGGGUUUCCCAAUCUCCCGCUGACUAGAGGCGAAACCGACGAUGAUGCUUCCAUUCACCUUUAUAGCCAGGUAGGUCCAACUAAGCCCUUACUGAAAUCAAAGUAUGACCAUCAGAUAUUGAGUAUCUUGAGCAACUCGCAUUCGAAGGUAAACAAACAUGCGAAGACUAGAAAUGUGAAAGAACUCAACAAAACUUUCAGUGAUUUCAUCUACAAUUCACAUCAACUGUCUGACUCUGAAAGCGAAGAAACUGUGUUUGAAUCUCAAUCCAUUGUAGGUCAUGAAAUCGAAAAGCUGAAGGGAGAAAAUGACAUUCCUACUUCGCGUCACUUACCUUUUCGGAGUCUUAUAAUACCCAAAUGGAUCUCGACACUUGCUGGCUUUAUUUUGGGAGGUAUCAUCAUCAUCCUUGUUCUUCUGUGGGGUAAGAACACUGCGAUUGUCAACUCGCCUUCAGAUUUAUCGAGUGUAACUUCUCGUUUGCUGAAAGUGGAAGAUAAUGUUCAAGUGUUGCAUAAUUUGACUACUGCGCUAGAUAGUCAAGUUGAUCUCAUCGAAGUCAAACAGACAAAUUUCAUCACAGCCUUGAAGAAUGAUUUGGACCAAAUCGAGAAUUCACUAUUCGAAUGCGAGAAAAGCGUAUCAGUAGGACAGAAACAAUACCAAGCCCUUUUGACUGAAAUCGUGGAGUUUAGAAGUACACUUAAUGGUCUUCAGGUACUUGAAGAAUCACCAAUAGAUUUGAAAGAGCGACUCUCGGCAAUUUCCGAAAACCUAGCUACACUUACGAACACCAGCAACAGCCUCCAAGAAGUUAAAACUGCAAUUACCCACGAUCUUUUACUGAAAUUGCCAGAGCAUGUCCCAGUGUACAUCAAGAACCACAAGAUACACUACAUUCCAGAAUUUCACAAUUUUUUGCAUGCCUUUGUUGAGAAGUAUAGCACCAAUUCAUCACAGGAUUGGAAAUCUUUCGUGGAAGGGCAUGGGCAGGACUUUGAGAACUACUUACAGACUUUGGUCAAAAAGUCACAUAUUGAGCUUAUUGCAAAAUCUGAAAUUGAAAAAAUGCUCAAUCUGAGAUUGAACAUGCUCGAUGAUAAGCUCACUUCGCUAUACACUGAUGUGUCCCGGAGGAUUGAUUUGGGUCUAAAUAUCUCGAAAGUGGAUGUUGCCGACGCCGGAAACAGAAUUGUACUUGAAAAUUUGUUAGAUAUUGUUGGAAAGGGCUCCAUCAAAGUUAACUAUGCUGACUAUAAUCUCGGAUCUAGAAUUCUUGGAUUCCUUACAACUACAGGCAAAGACUCAAGUCGCCAUAAAUCAUUUGCUAGAACCGCUUUUCUUGGGUGGUACGACUAUUUCAGUUCUCAUGGGCUACGUUCGCCAAAGAAUGCAAAACACAACGCCAACAAUGUUUUAAUUGACGGUGGUGAUUAUUGGCAGUGCGAAGCUAAAUGGUGCUCCAUUGGCAUACGUUUACCAAGUCCUAUCAUACUUACUGAUUUCAUUUUGACAAAUCCUUCAAUGGGCAGGCCGAAAGAUUUGGAGUUACCCACGUCAAUCUCCAUAUAUAUUAAACCAAGAAGCAAGGCUCAAGCGUCACAACUAGAGAAACUUGUUGGUUACAGCGGUGAAUCAAAUGUUAACAAGUACUUGGCAAAAUACUAUAAAGUUGUUGACAUCAAGAUGGACGAUGAGCUGCUGGUCGAACAUGUCAAAUUUCCUCUGAGCUUAAUACAAAUGAAAGUUUCUGUUAGAGACAUAUUCGUGAAACUUGAAUCCAGCCGUGGACACACAGGGGUCUACAAUAUCAAAGCUUAUGGACUCACGGAACUCAACGCUCAUCGCUACAGUCAAGAAUUUGAGUCACUAGUUGACAAAUUACAGUACAACACAGGUAGUACCAAGGAGAACAGCGAAGAAGGUUACACAUUAGAAGAUGAUGAGUAUCUUUGA